UCUGCAUGCGCUGUCAGUGUACGGCUCUGCUGCAAGGGAUUGCGCGCUCCUUUGCUUCCCACAUUUACCGCCCCUGCCUGCCUACCAGCACCAGCCUUCAGCAGCCUCAUUCAGCUGGCUGAGAAAACACCCGGAGAGUGCAUGAAAACUGCAAGCCACGGGGGAUGCAAGCGGCUUUUUAACCAAGAUGAGCCACUGAGAUGACAAGGAAUACUGUUACACAAGACAACAGUGAACAGGGUUCACCUCUUUAAAUCCUUUUUUUUUUUUCCUGCAUUCGUCACUGAAAGCAUGAUUACCCGCUUGAAUGGAUUUAAACCUUACAAGUCAGUGAUUGCUCCCAGAGAUGGACGAUAAUAUGUGUUGACAGAUCGUCUGAAACUUAAGCAGGAAGGGGAGGAGAAAAGAGCAAGACAGAUAUUUGAAAAUAUAUUGCCUUGGUCAUUUUUUUCUCCUACUGGCUGUCUCUUCUUCCCUCUGAUCAUUGCAGCAGAGGACUGCGGAGGAGCCGAAGAGACAGAGCUCAUGCAUGCAGACAGGGGAACUUGCACUUCCUACCAUCUAGCUGAAAGCUACUUGGAUUCGUUCUCUUUCUGGCUCUUUCACUUGAGGAGAACUAAGACAUUGUAAGCCUGCCAAGGAUCUGGUGUCCACUGAAAAGAGAGAAGGGAGGGGGGGGAGAAUUUGUACCACAGUGGGGUCUUUUUUAGAUUCGCACAUAAUUAGUGUUGGGGCACAAAGCGAGUCGCUGAAUGGAGAUUGUCAGCUUUUGGAUAGGGGUGAGUAGGAAUCUUUUCAAAUAAGAUCGGUCAAUGAGGACAAUUUUUUUUUCUUCAUCUCCUCUACUCUCCACCCACUGCUUGAUAUCUAAUAUAGGCAAAUAGACUUGCCCUUUAUCUUUUGCAUUUUUGACAGAGAUUCCCUUGGUUGACAAAUUAAAAUAAAUAUAGUCACCGUCUACAGCUGAAAAACUAAAUCGGAACAAAGCAGAUUAUUAUUAAAUAUGAUGAGACAAAUAUGAUGUAAUAGGUGCAAAAAACAAUAUCCAGAGUGGAUCAAUGGACAUUUUCUCAGAGACAUCCCUGGAUAUUUAUGCUAAUGGAUUUCCUUCUAAUUGGACUGUACUUAAAGUGGCCACUGAAGAAGCCCCCUGGGUUGAUACUGUGUUUAUUGGGAAUAUUUCUCAGAACGGUUCCCUUGGUAGAGGGGGUUUGUCCAAGGCUGUGCCGCUGCGACAGCAAGCUGCUGUACUGCGAGGGGCUCAACCUCACAGACAUUCCCCGCAAUCUGAGCAGUGCCAUGGGGCUGUCCAUGAGAGAGAACAACCUGACCGAGCUGCGUGAAGGCCAAAUGGUAGGUCUGUCACAGCUCACCUGGCUCUACUUAGAUCACAACAACAUUGACAUUGUAGAGGAGGGUGCAUUUGACAGGCUAAGACGGGUCAAGGAGUUGGACCUCAGCAGCAACCGGAUUGAGAGUCUGCCAAAUGGUACCUUCAGGCCCCUCCCAAACCUGCGUAUCCUGGACCUGUCAUACAACAGGCUGCAGGUACUAGAACCUGACCUGUUCCAUGGCCUUAGAAAGCUCACAAACCUGCAUUUGCGCUACAAUGCUCUCAAGUUUGUGCCAGUGCGGAUUUUUCAAGACUGUCGGAGCAUGCAGUUUCUGGACUUGGGAUACAACCAACUGCAGAGUCUUGCAAGAAACUCCUUCGCUGGCCUCUUCAAGUUGACUGAGCUGCAUCUUGAGCACAAUGAGCUGGUGAAAGUCAACCUAGCCCAUUUUCCUCGCCUCAUCUCUUUACGCACUCUGUACAUGCACAAUAAUCGUGCUACAGUUGUUGUCAAUACACUGGACUGGACAUGGCAUUUUUUAGAGAAGAUCGACCUGUCAGCCAAUGAAAUUGAGUACAUGGAGCCACAUGUUUAUGAGAGUGCACCCAACCUCAAGGUGUUGAUGCUAGACUCCAAUCGGUUGACCUCUGUGGACCAGCGCAUCCUGGACUCCUGGUCAUCUCUGGACAGCAUUACCCUGGCAGGGAAUGACUGGGAGUGCAGUCGCAACGUGUGUGCCUUGGCCUCUUGGCUGAGUGCCUUCCAAGGCCAGCGUGACAAUUCCCUGCUGUGUUCAAGCCCCGACACCGCACAGGGGGAGGACGUGUUGGAUGCUGUCUAUGCUUUUCAGCUAUGUGAGAAUUCCCCAAUGGAGGUAAAUACAGCAGGCCUGUACCCCUCUACAAGGGAUCUGGCCCAGGGCGGAUCUGUUUUCCUGGGCCCAUUUACUCCAAACCCUUAUGAGGGUGAGGGUAGUGAGGUGGUCACCAGUUCUUUCACUGUCACAGUGGGCCAUGAUGACCUGGAGAGCACCAUGCAGAUCCACAAGGUUGUGACUGGCACCAUGGCACUCAUCUUUUCCUUUCUCAUCAUUGUGCUCAUGCUGUAUGUGGCAUGGAAGUGCUUUCCAGCCGGAAUAAGGCAACUGAGGCAAUGCUUUAGCAGCCAACGUCGUAAGCAGAAGCAAAAGCAAAGCAUGCAGCAGAUGGCUGCGAUUUCAACGCCGGAGUACUAUGUUGACUAUAAACCUAACCACAUUGAGGGAGCUUUGGUAAUCAUCAAUGAAUAUGGCUCUUGCACUUGCCAACAGCAACCUUCUCGGGAAUGUGAGGUGUGAAACUGCUUUGUGAGUACGUCUUUGCCUGUUGGUCAUCUGGAUAUACAGUAAUCCCAGUUGGGAUACACUUGGGAGGGGGAUAUUGCGGGACAGAAGGAAUAUAUAUGGAUCUUUUUGGACACUUUUUACACAGCGUCUCACUGUGAUGUGGAAGAAGUGUGCUUUAUGCGGCUGACUAUUUUGUGGUGGAUUAACUGCUACUGCUAUCUACUGCUGAUUUGAGGCCACAGGGCAUGAUGGCUACAUGACUCUUGGACCUGUUGAUAUUCUACAGAAACACAGAGAGGAAUACAUUGUGGGCACUAAGGAUUUUCUUUCAUGAGUGGAUAUUUGAGCUUUAAUGUGUCUUUCUACUUCAGGACAUUUAAUUAUUGUUUAAAAAGAAACUGGGGACACACAAAAGAAAAAAAAAGAAAAGAUAAAAAACCAUUUGUACUAUGGUAAACACAAUAUUUGACAAGCAUUUAAAAUAUAUAAAAAAAAGAUGUUUAAGUUGGAUUCAAAAUGUAAAAAUAAAACUAUGUGUAAAAUAUGUUAAAAGAAGAAGUGCAAGUGUGGAAAAAAUGAUUCAAGAUAAUCUAUUUCUUUUGUAAACUACAAAAAAUGUUUAAAUAAAUGAAUUGCUAUUCACAGUAAACUCAUUUGUAUGUGAGAAGCCUGUCUGAAGGGAUGAAUGACAAUAGACGCAGUCUUUGCGUUUAUGGACUGGAGAGCCAUGUCUCUGCAGUGUGUUGAACCAAAAAAAGAAACGGGGAAAACGGGGCAGAGGGAUAUCUGCAUCUCAUCUCUAAUGUAAAAUCCAUAGUCUGAAUUUUAUAUCUCUUCUAUGUUUUAACUCUCAUAAUUGUUGUUUUAUCAUUCACUGUGUUGGCCUGCUAUCAGUGUAGUUAUUUUACCCCUUCCCAUUGCCUAUGUGAGGAUAGAUUCAAAUGAUCUAUUACAUUUUAAUCUGGUAGCAUAUUUCCAUAUUAUUACAUCACUAUUUGUGCACCAUGCAAGUAAAGAAAGCAGUGUGUCAAAGAUCUAAAGCUAUGCCUCUCAUUGCUUCUCCCUCUUUGGCUUUCACAGAGGAGUGAUGCCUCCUUUCAAUGAAUCAAGCACACUAAAGGCAAUGAUCAACAAAACCAUGCAUUCUCAAAUCAAAUUACAAUUUGAAAUUGUAUCUGAAUCAUUGAAGAAAAUUAUCCAGCAGCUUAAAGGAAGAUUUGCACAUACAAUAUUCUUCACUGUGUUUUCAUGUAAUGUAAAAUGUUUGUUCAAUACAAGGCCAUUUUGAGGUGUAUAUAUAUCCUUCUUCCUCUGGUGUUCAUUGUGUAAAUUAGUGCACUGACAGAUGUUGUGUUUCCUGGGUCCUUUGACAUGAACAGUAUGUUGUGUGAGGUGGGGGAAAGUGAGAGGGAGAUGGAGAAUCACAACGACUGCAUACAGAGGGAACAGACUGCUCUCUAGUGUGCAUAUUCUCAUACUGUGGCUGCAUUUUACCUAUUGUACACCACAUUCAGCAAAUCUCCACGGCGAGGGCAACAUCAGUAUACUGAAUUUGCAGCAACCUUUUUGAAAAAAUAUCAAUGCAUCAAUUUGCAACAUUUUUGUGUUAUUUUGCGAUAAAUUAAGAUAAUGUUUACAACUUGUCAGCAGGAAUAAAAAUGUUUUAAGAACUCAAUGACAAUCAUUAUAUAAUUAGUUCCGGUAAGAGCAAAACUUUCAAAAUCAUCAACAACAUUGUGGGUACUGUAGGUGUUCUGGGGAUCAUUGGACAAUAUGCAACAAUGGCUCAGAAAACAGGUAAGAAUUUGUUCUCAUAUGGAUUACAAUGGUGGAGCUGGUUGUGGUUAAAGAACCUGGACGGAUGCACUACCUGAGAAGAAGCACAAGUCCCUCAGGUGAUAAUGUGUUUGGCAAAUGUUUUGCCUUGGGUCAGGAUAUCUUAUCUGUACAUAUUUAAUAAUGAGUGGUUCAGAAAUUCAAUAUUUUAAGCUUCAAAUGGCAAUGAUUGGUAAAACCCAUACACAUGUUUAGAGUAUUUGGAACAUUUAAAGGAGUGGACAACAUUGCAAGCUCUCAAAAAUAGUAAAUGAAAUGUGUUUUGAUUUUUGACAAGAUAUGUCUUUCAAGGGACUGACUACAGGAUAUACAUAUCAAAAUAACAUGUUUCCCUCAAAAAGCUCAUAAGAUUUAUCCUAAAAUCUGACCACAGUCUGAUCAUCCUCAUAUAAAAUAUAUGCUGGAAAUUCAGUUUUUUGCAUUUGAAUGCACCAAACUAUACAACUAUUUUCUUAUUCCAUUCCAUAAAUAUAAGCUGUAGUAAACAUGCAAUUCAUGUUUUUAAAUUCAAAUAAAUGAGGAGUAGAAUUUCAACAAUAAAAACUAAAAUUCCAUUAACAAACGAACAUGGAAUUCAUCAAUCAAUGUUCAAACUUACACUAUAAUGUAUGUAUUUUGUUUUUAGUUUUACUUAUCUUUACCAAUUGCCGCUAAAUGUUCAGUUUUUUCUCUGAAACAGCGGUGUUUGACAGUAAGGGAAACAUGUAUCAGUAAAUAACAUCCAACCACUUUCUGAGGAACAUGUAGGAUCAAAAGAAAGCUACAAAGUGAGCAACUUACCCACAAUGUACUUCUACAUUCUUUGGCUUUUAACAGGUUGGGAUUCUCUCAAGAGAAAGACUAAAUUAGUAGUAGUGGUAGCGUUCAAGUAACAAAAGCAUUACCUCGUUUUUUUUUAGGAAAGACAUGUGUGUCAGUGAUAAUGGCCUUAAGCUGCCAUUUGGGAUUUACAAUCCAUUUCUUAUUUAUGGUUCCAAGGGCGUUCUACUUUAAGACACAACAUAGCUGUUAAUCAUAACCGGCCAUAUCAUGUGAAUGCAAUGACUGCAAUAUGUAUGUCAGGAAAACAUGAUGGGGACACAGAUUUAUUUUCUUCUCCCAUCUUCACAUCUUGUCUGAAGCUGUUGCCCCCUUUCAGUCCUUCACAGCCCUUAAACAUGCACAAAAACCGCUGGGUAAAUUUGAGGUUGUGAAGCUUCAUUUGUAUAAAUAUUGGAUGAUGUCUGGAAGACAAGCCAGCACUGGCACCACUAUCGAUUUCAUUUCACUCCUUUCCUGCACAAGCAACCAGGGCAAAAAGUGACGAAGAACGGCUCUAAAUAUUUAAAUUCUUUGAGUCCUGAGGGCUGACGUGAAACUACUUAUCUCUAUUCCCGUUCACCUUUACCUCCGUUCUCCCUCUUGCGAUCUCUGUGC